CACUGUGUGUUUGUGCGCUCAUUACGGUGGAGGGACCUGCUCCGUGUGUGGUUGCGGUGGAUGGGAUCUGGUGUUGUUUUUAAGCUCACGAUGGUUAUUCUCGCACUUGAAACGCAUGGAGUAGAGUGAAAGGCUUGAAAACCGCCUAAUCAUGAGAUGCCACUGGGUUGUUUUUGCCUCACAUCUUAUUUUGCUGCCACUGACAGUGUGGUGCGAGCCAGUCAUCUCCCCCAGCGGGCCUCACGUAGUGGUUCCCAAGAGGGGGAAGCUGGAGCUGCGUUGCCAUGACAAUGCCACGACGUCUGGCGCCCCGUCCAGGUUGAGGUGGCAGAGGGAGAGGACUCGCAGGCUGGAGGGAGAGGUGGAGGACGGCGGAGUGGCUUAUGUCAAGGUGUCAGCAGCGCAGACCUACCACAUGGGACGUUACGUGUGUGUCAACAACAACACACUGGAACACAGCUCCAUCUAUGUAUAUGUGAAAGACACCCAGAAUGCUUUUCAGCGCACCAUGGUGAACGUCAUCCUGGUGCGUGCGGGUGAGAACUGCACCAUCCCCUGUCUUGUGACCGACCCCGAGGUCAACCUCCUGGCAUUGGAGACCUGCGAUGGACGACCUUUGCCCUCUGGUAUGAGUUACCGCAGCAACCUCCAGCGAGGCGUCAUCAUCGGCAAUGUGAGGAAGGAAUAUGAGGGCUGUUACGUAUGUGUGGGACUGCUUGGUGGAGUCAAAGUGACGUCGAGCCAAUACACUGUGGAUGUACGACUUGUGCCAGAGGUGCCUCCGGUGGUCUCGUUGUCUCAGAAAGACACUGUUAUCCUGAGGAAAGGAGAGCAGUUUGAGAUUACCUGCAGCUCCUCCAACGUCAACCCAGACUUCAGUCUCAAGUGGGAUUUCCCUUCAACAGCGCAUCCUGAUCAAUCCCACACCUCACACAUCCUGUCUGGUUCCCGUGGUUAUCGGCGUUCCACCUCACUCCUGAUCACAGCCGUCAACCAAACAGACUCGGGCUCUUACCGCUGCUACGCCCUCAACGAGAGAGGCACCGGUGCCACAGCGCUACUGCUGGAUAUUCGUGAGCGGGGCUUCAUUACCAUGUUAGGAAGCCCAGGUCCAGUCCAGGCUGAUGUUAAAGAGGGGGACAGCCUGAGCGUCAGAGUAGAAUUUGUUGCCUAUCCUGCACCCAGCUCCCUGUCCUGGUCUUUCAAUGGCAAACAGCUCCUCAACACCACAGAGCACGUUAUCACUAUCCACCGCCGCAAAUACAGAUACAUCAGCGAGCUCAGACUAGUGAGGGUUCUCGGCUCGGAAGGCGGGAUCUAUAAGUUCUCAGCCAGUCAUGAAGAUGCAUCUGUCGAUCAUUCGUUUCAUGUGUACGUCAACAGCAAGCCGGUUAUCAUCGCCCAGGAAGGGCCUGUUGAUGGUCAGGUGCGGUGCAUUGCUGCUGGUUACCCAGUGCCUAAAAUCAGCUGGUACUUCUGUAAGCUGCCCCACACAAGGUGCUCACACCUGCCCAAUGCCACCCAGUGGGAGACACCGGAGGUCGCCAUGGUGACAGAGUCGACCUUCGGUAGGAGUGAGGUGGAGAGCCGACUGAAUGUGAGCAACAAGGAGCACGCGCACUAUCACACCCUGGAGUGUGUGGCGAGCACAGAGGGGGAAGAGGCCUACACACUGUUCUCCAUCAGCGAACGCGUCGUCCCCCAUAAACUCUUCACUCCUCUUCUAACUGGUAUGGUGGCCACUGGCGUGUUCCUCAGCCUCAUUCUAGUGGUGCUGAUCUAUAAAUACAUGCAGAAGCCAAAGUUCCAAAUCCAGUGGAAGGUGAUUGAGAGUAUCCAUGGCAACAACUACAUAUAUAUUGACCCCACCCAGCUGCCAUAUGACUCCAAAUGGGAGUUUUCUCGACAGAAACUACGCUUCGGUAAAACCCUGGGCUCUGGGGCUUUUGGAAAGGUAGUGAGGGCCACAGCAUAUGGACUCUGCUCUGCAGAUACUGUUACGACUGUUGCUGUUAAGAUGCUCAAACCCAACGCUCAUUCUACGGAGAAGGAGGCGCUGAUGUCAGAGCUGAAGGUUCUCAGUUACCUUGGAAACCACGUGAACAUUGUUAACCUGCUGGGGGCCUGCACUGUCGGAGGCCCAAUUUUGGUGAUCACAGAGUACUGUUGCUAUGGAGACCUCCUCAACUUCCUGCGCAGAAAAAGAGAGCCCUUCCUAAACUCCCAAGUUGGUGAUGGUUACUAUCGCAACGUCUCCAACCAGCCGGAGCUUACAAGCGGAGAGGUGACUGGUACAGGAUAUAUGCCCAUGCGCCCCUCUGAGAAAGAGAGGGCUUCUCAGUCAGAUGACAUAGAAGAUCUGUCUCUGGACGCCGAAGAUCUCCUCAGCUUUUCCUACCAGGUGGCCAAAGGAAUGGAAUACAUUACUUCCAAGAACUGUAUCCACAGGGAUCUUGCAGCCAGAAACAUCCUGCUGACUCACGGCAGGGUGGCAAAGAUCUGUGACUUUGGGUUGGCACGAGACAUCACAACUGAUGCCAGCUAUGUGCUCCGCGGCAAUGCUCGUCUGCCAGUCAAGUGGAUGUCCCCCGAGAGUAUUUUUGACUGUGUCUACACCUUUGAGAGUGACGUGUGGUCCUACGGCAUCCUGCUCUGGGAAAUCUUCUCUCUGGGUAACAGCCCAUACCCGGGGAUGCAGGUGGGUUCGGCAUUUUAUAGGAUGAUUCAAGAGGGCCACAGGAUGAGCAGGCCUGAGUUUGCUCCUAUUGAGAUGUACGACAUGAUGUUAUCUUGUUGGAACCAUGAUCCUUUGAAAAGGCCUUCCUUCAGGAAACUGGUGGAGAGGACUGAGCUCCUGCUGUCAGAGAAUACCAAGAACAUUCCUCUCAGGGCCCCUUGUGAAGGUCCAGACCCCCAGGUGUACCUGAGACUGAGCAACAACCCAGAUCAUCCAGAGCAGCAGAGGGCGCCAUCACGGAGGCUGAGCUCAGUCUGCAGCACGACAGCCCCCACCCAGCCUUUACUGCAAAGCACGGCUGACGUCUUCCUGGACUAUGUCUGACACUCACAAACACACACACACACACACACACUGCUAUGAAACAUACAACCCCCCUACCUCCCUGAUCAUUCUCUCCUAUUAACGCAAGUACAAGAGCCAAAUACACUACAAACUACUAAGAACACAUUUACUCAAUCUAACACUGGCCUUCCUGUCUCCUUCUU